GAUCGCACGUUCAGAUGACCAAGCUUCAUUGAUCCUAACUUAUCCAUAAUCUAUUCUAGCUUUAAGACUGAGAACAUGGUUCUCAAAAAGCAUACAUGUUUUAUCCGAUGCAGCAUGCUCAACAUUUAUUUUUGUACGAUAUUUACGGUUAUACUGUACACAGUUUGCACAUUUCACAGAAUCACUGUCACAAUUUUUAUAAGAAUGGCCACUAGAACACUUAAGACACGUAGAUACAUUAGAUGCACAGUUCUUCUCAAGGUGACCAAAUGAACAGCAUUUUCGGCACUGCAUAAUAUUGAGGUGAUCAACUACGCUGCACCUCUUCCAUCCUACGUAGACGAAACCUUUUGCUAGUAGAAGUUUUCUAAUAGCUGGAGACACUUCUAGAACUAGGUGCAUAUUUUUUGAAUCCCUCAGCUUUAACUUUGUGACUACUUUCAUCGAGGUUGAAGAAUCUUCAUCGUUCAAGUUGUUUAAAGACAAUAUGUUUUGAACAAUGCUAUCAUUAUCGCCCAAAUCAUCAUAUGAUGCAUGGUUACGGAUAAAGAAUAAAUUAAGCACACCUUGUUCUAUAUUCGACUUAAAAAGAAAAAGGAGUCACUAAUGUCAUCAUUUCGAACAUGCUUGAAUAAAGUAAAAGAAAGUAGUAAAAGUAGAGCAGGUGCCAGUGAUAUUUAUAGACCCACUUGGUUUGCCUUUGAAAUAAUGUCACGUUUUUUGAGGAAUAAGGACGAACCAAAGAAAACAAUAAAUUCAGAGGAUAUUCUGUCACAGCUAGACGAGGAAUCCAGCGAAGGUGACAAACCGGAACAAAUACAGGAUGAUGUAACUGAUGCAACAAAUGGAAGUGAAAAUGUUGGAACAAUAUUAUCUAAAUCCUCCCCACAAAGCGUUUUCAAGGUUCCUAGCAAGAAGAAAAUGAGAGGUUCGUUAGCAGCAGAUGAAGCCCUGCAUACACAAAUGCAAGAAGCAUACUCUAUACUUAAGAAAAAAAAUAACAAAGAUGACUGCGAUCUAUAUUGCGAAUUUCUUGCUGUUAAACUGCGCAAAAUGGAUGAGCGAAAGCACGACAUCGUAAUGAAUCAAAUAGAUAAUAUCGUUUUUCGCACAAAAAUGGGUUAUUCUCAGUAUCAGUAUACCUGUUGCUCAGGUAAUGAACACCCGCCUGCUCCUCAAACACACGUCGUUCCACAACCGACAGAUGUCAGAUGUUCACAACCCUACUCUCUAUCCCAUUCACAGAUUUCAUCUUCACCAGUCUCAGAUGUUUCCCAUUCCUAUCACUCGGAACCAGAGUUACGUUCUAUCAACACUGUAACUGACGAUGUUAAUUCAUUACAGUCCAACGAAGAUAUAACAAUCGCAACUUUUUUAACAACUUUUCAGUGAAAUAUUUUAGUUUUAAGAUUGCUAUUAUUUCUAUUAUAUGC